CAAGAAGUCUUACAAGCAAGCAAAAGAGGGAGGGGCAGUUCGUCUGUAGAAAAGGUUUAAUUCAUGAAAAUGACUUUCGAACCGGAGUUCCUCAAGGCAGCUGAAGAUGUCAAGAACUUGAAAUCCAAACCCACUGAUGCCGAGAUGCUGGAGCUGUAUGGGUUGUUUAAGCAGGCAAUGAUAGGAGAUGUGAACACAGAUAGACCUGGGAUGUUAGACUUCACAGGGAAGGCAAAGUGGGAUGCCUGGGAAGGGAGGAAAGGCAUGUCCAAGGAGAAUGCAAUGGAGUUAUAUAUUAGUGUGGCCAAUAACCUGGUGGAAAAAUAUGGCAUGUUGUAA